AUGGCUAAUUUUAGUCGUUCGUUGUGUGUGGCUCUUCUUGUACUAAGCAUUGUUAUGGCAUGCAUGGAGGAGGGACGUGGGGAGGAUGGAGAUGAUUAUUGCAACUAUGGUGGUUGGCGUGGCUGCAAAAGCUUUUAUAAUCGUGUAGGAGGAGGAGGUGGUGGUGGAGGAGGAGGAAGUGGCAAUGGAGGUCCGGGACACGGAGAAGGUCAUGGUGCAGGGGCAGGUGUUGGUGUGGGAGGUGGUGGAGGUGGAGGAGGCCAUGGUGGUGGUGGUGGGAAUGGAGCUGGUGGUUCUGGUCAUGGUGAAGGAUUUGGAGCUGGAGUUGGUACAGAAGGUGGUGGUGGAGGUGGUGGAGGGUCUGGAGGUGGAGGUGUUAGUGGUGUAGAUGGAGGGUAUGGUCAUGGUAGUGGUUUUGGAGCAGGUGCAGGUUUUGGAACUUUUGGUGGACGUAAAGGUGGUGGCGGUUUUGCAGGGGGAGGUGGAGGAGGUGGUGGUGGUGGUGGUGGAGGUGGUGAGGGUGGUUCUGCAGGAGGAUCAGGUCAUGGUAGUGGCUUUGGUGCUGGAGUUGGUGGGGGAGUCAGUGGGGCAGGUGGAGGUGGUGGUGGUGGUGGUGGCGGCGGCGGUGGCACCAACGGUGGGUAUGGUCAUGGAAGUGGUUUCGGAAUGGGUGUAGGUUUUGGUGGAAAUGGAGGUGGUGGUGGUGGAGGGGGAGGUGGAGGUGGAGGUGGAGGUGGUGGCAGCAAUGGCGCUGGUGUAGGUUCUAGCCACGGAAGUGGUUUUGGGGCAGGUGGUGGAUUUGGUGGUGCUGGUGGUGGCAGUGGUGGAGGAGGUGGAGAAGGAGGAGGAGGAGGAGGUAGAAACACUACUGAUGACAAUGGUCUGGGUGAAGGAUAUGGGCAUGGAGAAGGCAGUGGCUAUGGUAGCAAUAGUAAUAAUGGUGGUAUUGGAAUGGGAUUUGGUAUGGGCAUGGGAUUUGGCUUUGGCAUUGGAACAGCUACAAGUGCAAAUUCUAGUCCUGUUGAUGAAGCUAGCAAGAUUGGUGACAAACAACCCUAA